AUGCGCUGGCAGCUGUUGGGUGCUCCUCUGAUCGUUGGUCUUAGCCUGAGAUACGCGCAGUUGUUCUUCACUGCCACUGACCACUCAAACCACUACACCAUUGCCUCCAUCUCUCUCAAUAUGCCCAGAGCAAUCCCUCGCAUGUUCUCACGGGCGCCCGACUGCUGCGGCGCUCAGAUGUCUCGUCGCCAGACAAGCAGCAAUUAUAACGGCAAUAGGGACAGAUGGCGUUAUUUCUGCCGAAAUUGCCCUCUGAUUGCUGGUAAUCAUGAGCUAUUGCUUGAUUCAGCUUGGGAUGAUUCGCUAGGUCAAGCAGCCUUUGAGCGAGCUCAACUCGACUGGGGCGAUAUUAUCUACCUGGAAAAUGGGGAGGUAACAGUUUCCUGCCCGAAUUUUCGCCAGCUUAGGGAGUUCGACCAAGGCUCCAUAUAUGUGGCCACGUACAUGAGGCUUCAGGAACCGAGUGGAUGGUGUUUAACGGACUCCAGGAGGCGUACGAGCGUACUAUCGCUACAGAAGGAGGCCUUAAGAAUCUUCUGCUUGCAACGUGGGAGUUAA